GUUUGGUUAUCGUCGACAUGUCGGAGGCGAAGAAGGACCACCGCCAGCCCAUCAAGCGCAUGCUCAACGGCGUCAAUGGCCGGCGCGCCCGUAUGGACACGCAGGUGUCGAUCCGUAAGGCGCGCAAGGAGGACGGCUACAACCAGCGGCGCAACAUGGCGGCGCAAGCCAAGGCGCUGGCUGAGUUGAUGCCCAAAGAGAAGUCGCAGAUGCUCCACGAGAUUGCGCAGCGCUGCCAAGCGCUUCUCAUCGGUCUCAAGCACGCCGAAGCGGACGUGCGGCGAAAGAGCCUCCGCGCGUUCGUGUACCUCAUGAGCUCGGGCGUGCCGCCUCUUUUUGACGAUAGCGACCCGCAGCAUAUCCCGCUCUGGCAGACGAUCCUCGCAGCGAUUCCGUUCUUUGUUGGUGCGCUCGAUCUCGCGGACGUCUCGAUGCAGUCGGAUGCGGCCUUUGCGCUGCGCUUCAUUGCGUCCAUGGACCGCUCACUGCACGUCGUUCAAAGCGGUGUCUUGCCCAAGAUGGUCGUCUUGUUGCAGUGCGGUAUCUCGGAGCUGCAAAUUCAAGCGGCGUGGUGCCUCGGCAAUGUCGCGAGCGAGUCCAAGGUCAUGUGCGAGGCGGUCGUCGGGGUCUGCCCGCCACAAACCGUGCUUCCGCACAUCCGCAUGAGCACACCAAGUCUACGCCGCGCGUCGGUCUGGCUCCUUCGUAGCAUGAUCGAUAUGCCGGAGCUCCUCGCGGGACUCGGCCUCCUCACGCCGCAACUCGAAACCGAUGUCAUGACGGUCCUCGCCAACGUAAUGAAGCAGCUCGUCAUUGAAAAAGCCAAGGCCCUUGCGAAAGAGCCGGCCGCGCCGUCGCCUGCGGUCGCGACGUGGCGCUACUUCCAGAUGGACUCGGGACGCCCGGCGCCCAACGACAUCGUGCUCGUGCGACUCAUGCGCGAGAUUGACGCGGCGACGGUCGAGGUCGUCGAUGUCGAUGUCAAUUUCGAAACCGGCGAGUACUCGGUCUUUACGGUCCAAAAGUCUGCGCUCCGGCCGAUGCAGACGAUCGACGGCGACGACGAGUCGGCCGAGGCUGACGACGACGCCACCGAGAGCCUCACCUUGGACGAGAAGGCGCUCACGCUCUGCGACUGCGCGUGGGCCAUCAUUGAAAUGACGACGCACAACAAGUCGCUCGUGUCGACCUUUGUGGCGACCGGCGUUUUGCCCAAGCUCGUCGAGCUCCUCCACUUGUAUGCGUCCCCGAUGCUCCUGCACCCGCUCUUGCAGCUCCUCGGGCAGAUUUUGGCCAUGGACGAGAGCCUCGCCGUCGUCGCGAUCGAAGCGAAGCUCCUCCCCGCGCUCCCGCGUGUCCUCAACUCGAUGAGUCGCAGCAUCCGCGAAGAGACGUGCUGGAUCCUCGCGCACUUGACGACCGGGAGCGAGGCGCUCCUGCACGCCGUGAUCGACACGCCUGGAGUGGUUCCCGCUAUCUUGGAGCAGCUCGCGUGGGCCGAGUACGACGUCAAGCAUGAGGCCGCGUGGGCGACGUGCAGCCUUCUCGUGCGGGGCAACAGCAACGUCAUUGGCGAGCUCGUGCGCCUUGGCGCGCUCGUGUCGCUAUGCCCGCUCCUCGACAAGUACGAGGACCCGGCGAUCGAGCUUGCGGUGCUCGAGGCGAUUAGCAACGUCCUCCACGUCGGUCAGGAGACGAGCACCAUCGACGCGGCCAAGCAGGCAGUCGAAGAAAGCGGAUGCGUCGUCGCGAUCGAGGACCUUUGCUACGAUGAGAACGACGAUGUCUCGGCGGCGGCGUCGUACGUUAUGGACAAGUGGUUCAGCGGCGACACCAACGACGAAGUGGACGCUACGCUUGCCCCAGGCGUCGCUGACGGCGAGCUCACAUUCCAGCCCGCAACCGGCCCAGUCCAGUUUGACUUUACACAGAAGUAG